UUCCUUCACCGUGACCGUAAUGGCUGCUGAUGGAAGUGUGUUUUAUUAUCUCUGCCUGGUUUAUGAUCCGUUUUUAUUGUUUCAGCCUCCCAGAGGACGAUGCAUCUUUAAAAGCGAGCGCGAUUGCUGGGGAGGCGUCCGCAACGCCUCAGGUCCCCCUCACAGGCAUGCAGGUGGUUCAUAUCCUGGCUCGGAAAGACUUAGAGUUUGAGCUGUAUUACCUGAAGGAAGUGGAGGGGGCCUGUUACAGACCCUACGACCUGCGGGCCGUCCGGUCCAGCGAGGCGGGCUCCGAGCACUACGUCUUCUCCCCUGGUGCCGUGCUCCACGUCACAGAGGGGCGUCCCGGGGGACUCGUCAGUCUGGCCCGGUGGUACCGAGAGGCGCUGGCGUGGAACGCGUUGCAGGAGAUUCCCUUCUUCAGGGACUUUAGACUGCGGAGAGCUUUCUCCAGGUGGCAAAGAAAUGUGCGCAAGAGCGUUUUCCAGCGCAGGUGUCAGGGUCUGCAAGAUGGGCUGCUCACGUCCGUCCCUCGGUUCAGGAAAGCUCUCCUUGAGUUCACCAGGGUAAUAGAAGAGUUCAGAGAGACCAGCCGGCUGCCCCAGGACGAGUCUCACACCUUCACACUGCUGGAGUUCACGGACCUACUGAGGACCACAAAGCAGGAGCUGCUGGAAGCGCUGGAGAAGUUCUCCCGUCAUCGUGCUGCCACCCUAAACACGGUGAAGGAGGACAGCUACCUGGCCCACCAGGAGCUGCAGCUGCACCUGCAAUCGGCUAAUCGAACUCCUGAGGACUGUGAGGAAGCCAUCCACCAUCAGCUGGCUCACCGGCGGGAGCUGCAGAGGCAGGCGGCCCGGGCCCGGGGCGUCCUGCACAAACUGGGCCGCUGGGCGGCUCUGGUGGACCAGAUGACGCUGCAGAGCCUCGUCAGCGUCUUCCAGAGGGACGUCCGGUCCCUCCUCAAGGGCGUCGUGAAGAAGCAGAAGCCCCAGCAGGGAUGGCUCUUCCUCACCCAGCUGUGUGUGGGGGUCAGCGGGGGUCUGAGGGUGGAGCCCCCCAUCCAGCGGUUCCAGGAAGCCGUGAGCCGAGCGCUCCUCACUGCGGGCCACUCUUUAAUCCAGAUGUGUGAAACUUGUGGAUUCUUCCUGGAGACCAGCGACAGCUUCUUCACCUCUGAUUCCUCUCAGGCUUUAACCUCUGACCUCAGUUGUCUGGAACAUGGUCCAUUCCCGGGUACGGCCUUCAGCUGGGAGUCAGCGUGGAUGUGUAAUGAGCGAGGAAGGGUUGCUCUGAUGUCUUCUCCUCCCUCAGAGGAGGAGAGUAGCAGCACUGGUCGCAGGAUGUUCUGCUGCAGGCUCAGAGACUCGUCGGCGCGCCGCCUGCAGCCUCCUGAGGGCACCUCGCUAUCGGUGCGGGGCAGAGGGCUGCGCGGCUGCUACCAGCGCCUCCUCCGAGCCCAGCUGCAGUGGCACAUCGCCACCGCCGACGCCACAGAGCAGGGGGAGGAAGAGCAGGCCGACAUCAUGCAGGAAGCUGAGCGGGACGUCCAGCUGCUGUGUGAGAGCUACGCGUGGCUAACGGAGGCCCACGCCUUCCUCGGCCAGUGGAGUCCAGCCUCCUUGGAGACCCUGAAGGGUCGGCCUUCUGCACUGUACGAGCAGCUCUUAGAGAAGGUGGGUCUCUGGGCCGAGAGAAUCCUCCAGGUUCCCUCGUCCAUCUCCACCUGCAACCAGCUGUUCGUCGUGCAGUGCACCGGCCUGAAGGAGAGGCUCGGGCUGCAGCUGAGGCGGGUGGAGGAGGAGGUGAUGGAGCUGCUGGUGCAGCAGGUAAAGCUGCUCUCUGAGAGCCUCACGGCCGACCUGGAGGAGGCUGCCGCCAAACUGAAGACGGACCCCCGAGACCUGCUCAGCCUGUCAACAUACGCGCUCACGGUGAGGGACAGGGAGGAAUCGUCGGGCGACGUGAGGAAACGUUUGGACUACAUCCGCUCCCUCCAGGACACCAUUCGCACCAGCUGGAGGGAGAUGACUGAAGAGGAGGAGGCGCUGGGAGAAAAGAUGCUGGCCUCGUGGGACGGCUUCCUGCCGGCCUUGAAGCGAGCGGGAAGCGUCGCGUGCAGCCGCCUUCCCUCGAUGGUCAGCGCCGCGGACGCGGUGUUCUCCUAUCUGACCCGCCACCUUGACGCUCUGGUCUCCGAAGCCACGUCCGGACCCUUCGUCGACCCCACGCAGGACGCCAAAGACGUGGCGUCCGAGCUGAGCGGCGUGUGGACGCGCGUCAGCGGCCUCGUCGCAAAGCUGCAGCAGCUCAGCGGCGACAGCCGAAACCUCCACGAACGCCCCAUGGAUCUGACCAGCUGGGAAAGCGCAGGUCAAAGGGUCAAAGCCCGUUUUGAGUUGUGGGAGCUGAGAGCUGAGAUCACGACGUGGACGGACGAGUGGAAACUCCUGCUGCUCAGUGAGUUUGUGGUGUCACAAGCUCAAGGGAAUAUUUCCGAGUGGAAGGAGCGAGCUCUUUCUCUAUCAAGUGGCAUGCCUACCCAUGAUGCAGUGCUGCAGGAGACUUUAGGAACCCUGGAAGAGUUAAGCUGUCAGGUUGCGGUCCUGGCCGAGCUGCAGAGCCAUCCGCUCAAACACAGACACUGGAACGCCAUUUUCAAAGACAUGGGCCGACCGCUUGUCCCAGAGAAGAAGGUGACCGUCGCCCAACUGACGUCUCAACAGCUGGACCAGACGCUAGUGAGCAAGGUCUGCAGGGAUGCACGGGUGGAGUGCAGCAUGGAGCAGACCUUCCAGAAGCUUCGAGGAGGGUGGGGAGCCGCACUCUUCCAGCUGGACCGAUUGUCUCUGCCUGUGUGGCAGCCUGCAGACGCCCAGCAUGGACCAACAGGGCAGGGCAGGGCCCAACAACCGCCCUGUGAUGACGCACCAUCCGUCGUCAUCGGUCUGGAAAUCCUCUUUGCUGAGAUAGAGAGUGAAUCGAUGGCUCUGUCCACCAUGAGGACGUCUCCACACAGUGUCCAUUUCAGACCGCAGAUGGACCAUUGGAUGCAAUCGCUGGAAGAUCUUGGGAGGCAACUUUUUUUGUUUGAAAGAUACCAGAAACUGUGGACCUUCCUGACCAAGAUGUUCCAUGACACAUGCUUCAGAGGUCAGAGAGUGGACCUGCUGGAGCAAUUCCAACCAGUGGAUGAGACAUUUAAGGAGAUGAUGCUCACUUUAUCAAGUGACCCUCGCGUGUUGAACUUUGUUCAUUCGAAGAAGACAAACGACAGAUUCCACGGGGAAGGCCUUCACCAGAUUCUCAUGGACGGACUUUCCACAAUGGAGGCCAUUUCCCACCAGAUGGUGCAGCUGCUGGAGACCCUCUGUGACCAGUUUCCAAGACUCUGGUUUUUAAGUGAAAGGGAAGUGAUCCAACUUCUCUCCUUCCGCCCCACACCUUCCACUCUGCAGCGCUUCGUGUGCAGAUGUUUUACAGGCGUACGUCGGCUGGAGGUGGGCUGUGGACCUCUGUCUCGUGCUUCUCAAAGCGUCCUGGGUUUCUUCGGCAGCCUCCAGGAGCACAUCACCUUUAUGUCUCCUCUGGAAGCCAAUCUCGAUGUCUUGGUGUGGCUCGGUGCCUUUGAGAAGCAGCUGAAGUUGACCAUGGUGCACCGCAUUCAACAAUGUGCUAUUGCACGAAACCAGCUUGAACCGUCCAGUCAGGAUCUGAACCCUGCUGGGACGAGGAGAAUUGUGCUCCCCGUGCUGGAGCUGCUGUCUGGACAUCCGCUUCAGUGUGUGCUGGUGGCCGAGGAGGCUGCCUGGUGCAAGGCGGUCCUACGAGCCCUCCAAGAGCAGAACCCGGUCAAGUUAAACCGUGUGAAGGCACAAAACUCUGCAAAGCUGAAAGCCCUGUGUGGUUUCCUGAGGGACGGACUCACAGGGGCUGACCCUCUGGUGUCUAGGUACACAAUGAUGUGUCUCCGCGCUUUAGUGCAGCUGACGAUGAGGCAUGCGCAGCAGCUGUCCCGCCUCAUGGAGGUGCAAUGUGCCCCCGAGUCGUCUUUCGAGUGGCUGAGUUGGAUCAAGUACCAGGUGACGGAGGGCAGCGAGGACCCCACGUGCUGCGUGCAUGUGUUGGGCCAUCGACUCCAAUAUGAUUACGAGUAUUCUGGCCCAGACGACUGGGUGAUGGUGCAUACUCCGUCCACCGAUCGGGCCGCUCUGGGCAUCCUCCUGGCUGUGCUGAGCUACAGGUGUGGCUUUGUGAGGGGCCCCCACUCGGCCGGAAAGGAAACGACCGCGGCCCAGCUGGGCAGAGCUUUAGGUCGCCAGGUCGCCGCCGUGCAAUGUUGUCCGAGCACGACCGCUGGUGUGGUUGAGCGGAUGCUGUGUGGCGCCCUGCAGACUGGAGCAUGGCUUCUGCUGCACUCGGUGCACCUGCUCACGCACGAGGUGCUGUCCCUGCUGGGGCGGCGUUUGAUAGACAUCAGGGAGUCCUUUUCUGAAUUAACGGGAGGUGAGAGAGCCGAGCCAAGCCAGGGGCUCACGCUCCUUGCAGGUAAAGCCGUGUCUGCCAGGCGGAGCUACGCAUGCCUCCUCACAUCAUCGCAGGGGGACGCGUUCCAGGCUCCGGAGCGGCUGCGAUGUGCCACCCGACCCGUUGCGUUAACCCAUCCAGAUUACACAAUCAUCACGGAAGUGACGCUGACGUCCAUUGGUUUCUCCCAGGCGGCGCCUCUGAGCCGGCGCCUGGUGGCCCUGGUGCAACUGGCCCGCGAUUCUUUGUGUCUGCCCCAUUUCCUCCAGCAGAGCUCCCACCUCGUUGUCUUGCAAAAGAUCAUCUGCGCCUCUGAAAUGCACCUCCAACAAAGUGUGAGGGAACGGGGAAUAUCAGGCGAGGCUGACGGAGCGCCCAAACAAACCCAACCCCAAAAGCCUUCCAGGUGUCGCCGUUCCCACCUGUCAGUCGUUCAAGGGAUAAUGGAGGAGACGGCUGUUGUCAAAGCCGUUCUUUCUGUCUACCUGCCUGUUCUCUACGAUCAGGAGAACGCCUCGCACUUCUACCGUGUUUGCAAGGACACCUUCCCGAUAGCAAGCCAGUUUCCUCUUUUCCAGCAGUACUUUGAUGAGGAAGAAAAGAUCCAACUGACAGAUGCAGUGACCGCUGAAUUACAAAGGAAGCGGCUUCAAGCCGAUGCUGGAGUCAUUUGCAACGCUCUCACACUGUAUCAGACCCUGAAAUCCUCUCGGGCAGUGGUGCUUCUUGGCCCCCCUGGGAGCGGGAAGACCACCUGUUACCGCGUUGUAGCCGCAGCCCUCAAUGGUCUGGCUGCCCGGGCCGAGGAACGUCAGUUUGAAAGGGACCAUCUCACCGCAGGACGACAGGUGCCUGCUUCCACUUGGAGCCCCGUCCAAACUACCGUCUUAUUCCCUCACGCCAUGACCCACGAAGAGCUAUUCGGCUGCUUCUGUGAAGGGGGAGGGUGGCGAGACGGAGCCGUUGCAAAGGCCCUGAGGGAUGCAAGUCAGCGCGAAGCGACGGGUUCUCCGCCAAAGGCCAGGUGGCUGGUGAUGGAUGGGAACCCCGCGGGGCGGCCCGGCUGGCUGGACUACCUCACCGCCAUGUGCAGUCCCGAGUGGCCGUUCCUCAGCCUGGCGUCGGGGGAAACGCUGGCGUCCCAGUCGCACCUGAAGGUCCUGAUGGAGGUGACGGAGCUACGUGAGGCCGGCCCCUCGGCAGUGACCCGUUGCAGCCUGGUUUACCUCGCGGCUACGGACCUGUGGAAGGCCGUGUGGAGGAGUCAGAUGGAAACUCUGGUGUUUGAAGACAAAGUGGAUGGAGGAACCUUGAAAGUGUGGAAUCGUCUGGCUGAAGAUCUUUUCUCCAGGACACUGGACUUGCUCAGGGAAAAGGAUUUGAACGACGAGGGCGAGUCUCUGGAAAACGCCACGUACGGACUACGAGAAAUCACGUCCUUUGUUCGGAUCCUACGGGCUCUCCUACAGCAGUUUUGGACGGAGGUGGAGAAAGAUGAGCAGAAGCAACGAAUGGACCAAGAAGAGACCCUUCAUCACAGAAGCAGAACUUUGGACAGGACUCAACACCUGAUGGCCAGGAACCUUUUUCUGGUGGCUUUCGUUUGGGGAUUCAGUGGGAAUGUGCAUCCUCGCCUUCGCCCACAAUUCGAUUCACUUGCCCGUCAGCUUCUGUUUUCCUGCCGGUACAAAAUAGUGGUUCCUGAAGAAGAGAGUGUGUUUGGUCACUUUUUAAACAUCGACAGCAAGAACACACUGCCGACCAACUGCAUCACUCCCAAGUACGGGGAACAUUUCCAUCUCCUGAAGCUCAUGGUGGAGGCCAACCAGCCGGUGAUGCUCGUAGGGGAGCGGGCUUCUGGAAAAACCUCUCUGUGCAAAGCCUUGCUGGGUUUUGACAAGCCGCACGUCGACCUUCCAGCGAGCCCCCUGCUGAGCUGCAGAGACCUGCGCAGCAUCCUGAGCCGCGUGAAGCUGCCUCCAGGCACCAAGCAGCCGGGACUCCUUCUGUUUGUGGAUGACGUCCAUGAAGCGCCCUGUGAUGUCUUCGGGAAGGUGUCAUCAGCCCUGGAGACGCUACGGCAGAGUAUUUCAGCGGGACACAUCUCCACGUUCGACGGUUACCACUUCCACUCCUUGAGCGCUGCAACCGUCGGCUACUUGGCCACCUGCUGCGCCUCUGGAUCUGCCAAUCGCCACGGUAACGCAGUGUCCCCCAGGCUCUCGCGCCUGUUCUCCACCUUGGUGCUGCCCCACCUGUCCCUGGACGUCAUGCUGUCCAUCCAUUCUCCUCUGCUGAAAACGUGGCUCAAAGACGCGGCGCUCCAGCCCAGCGGCGAGGAGAUGGCACGCUGCAUCGUCACGGCCACUGAGCGCCUCUAUCGGGCGCUACGCCGCCGCUUCCUGCCCGCUGUGCCGACGCCCCAUCUCGUGUUCUCCCACCACGACCUUCACAAGGUGUUCAGGGGCAUGUGCCUGUGGCAGCAGAACAUCCCGGACACGGCGGGCUCUCCUGCCCCCGUCCUGGACGUGGCCCACCUGUGGACGCACGAGUGCGCGCGUACGUUCAGUGACAGGUUCCCCUCGGAGGGCCAGAGAGAGGCGCUGUGGUCCCUCGUGGCCCAGACGGCGACCGCUCACUUUGGAUCAGGUUGGGACUCGGAGGCUGGUCCCAAGCGACCCCCACCUCCUCAGCACGCCGGGGGCGCCUACGCUCCGCAGCUGGCAGAUUUUAAACGCGGCGCUUCCUACCGGAGCAGAGACCCGGACGUCCUGCUGCAGGAUCUGCGGUCGCUCGUUGACAGCAAGGAGGAAGACGAAGGGCCGAGGGGCGAUGAAGACCACAGAUGCCUGGUCCACCAACAGAGGCUGCACCAGCUGCUGCACGUCCUCAGGGCGCUGCUCAUACCCGGAGGCCACGGGGCGCUGAUUGCCUCGGACCGAGACACGGGCCGUAAGACCACGGUGCGUCUAGCCGCCCGGCUGGCGGGCUGCCGGCUGAUGGAGGUGCACCCCGGGAACCAGCACCAGCUGCACGGCGUCCUGAAAGAAGCCGGGAACCGAACCCGAGAGGACGGAGUCCACGUGGUCGUGCUGGUCCACGAGGCCGUGAGCCGCUCCGUCAGAGCGGCGCUGCUGGUGGCGAUGGCCCGGCCCACGUACCCGGGCCUCUACACCGACGAGGAGCUGGCUCACCUGGUUUCCAGGGUGACAGCUGCCAAGUCCUGCAGGAGGCAGCUGAUGGACAGCUGGAUGUUUGAGACGUACUUGAACCAAGUUCACAGAAAUGUGCACGUGUUCCUGUUGCUUCCGUUCACCACGACACCGGCCAGCAGUGGACUCCAUGGAGGAGAUGCUCAGCUCACCAAGGCCCUGAGCCUCAGCUGCUGUGUGGAGAUGUUCCCGCCGUGGUCCACCCAGUCCUUAGUGGAGGUUGCUACUCAGUGCCUCAGAACGGAGGAGGGUGGAGGCUCAGGGGCCGGCCUGCCCGUUGCCAUGGCAUUAAUCCACCAGUCUGCGCGUCGCUACGCCGCCGAGCUCCUCGGGGCGCAGACCUUCGGCCCUCAGACUUACACCGAGUUCAUUGGUCACUUUGGUUACAUCGUUUACCGGCUGCACCAUCAGCAGCAGAGCAGAGCCGCCAGAGUGGCCAUGGCCGUGUCCCGCGUGGAGGCCCUGAGCAGCACAGCCCUGCAGCGCAGACUGCUCUCCAGAAGGCUGCAGGAGAAGGUUGCAGACGAUCUGCAGCGGCAGAUAGACCUCCUCAGGGCAGCAGACCUUCAGAGGAGGCUGCUCCAGGAGGCCCAGGAGGCGCGUGUAACAGCGGAGAGCGAGCUGCGUCACCUGGAGGAGCAGAUCCAUCGUGCUGAGAAACCGGCCAGACUCGUGUUCCUGGCGGGCCUCAAGACUCUGAGUUGUCUGAACCAGGAGGACCUGGAGGAGGUGCGUCACUACAGAGACCCCCCCGACGGGGUGGUGCGGGUCACGGACGCCGUCUGUCUGCUCUUCAACCGUCCUGCGGGCUGGGAGAGCGCUCGGCAGCUUCUGGGACAAGCCAACUUCUUCCAGGAGCUGGAGUUCUUUGAGCGCUCCAGCGUGACGGAGGAGCAGCUGGAGCAUCUGGGUGUGAUGGUGCAGGCUCCUCCCUUUGCUCCUGAGUCGGUGCUGGAGGCCAGCAGGGCCUGCUGCUCCCUGAGCCGAUGGGUCCAGGCCGUGCACGAGAGCUGCCGCCAGCAGCGCCGGACAGAGGCGCUGCGCCGGCUAGAGGGGGCGGCCACGGAGGCCGCGCGCCGACUGCAGCUCGCAGAGCAGCGCCUGGAGGAGGAGCUACGUCAUCAGGAGGAGGCGGAGCUCCAACUGCAGCUGCUACAAAAAGACCUGGAGCAGGAGCAGCUGGAGCUCCUCACAGCGGAGAACUCUGAGAGAGAAGCUGCUUCAGCUGCAGAGCAGAUGGAGACACACCUCAGAGGCUGGAGGGCCGCUGCUCAGGAGGUGCAGCUUGAGGAGCAAUGCCUCCGAGGAGACGCCCUCCUGCUGGCUGCGAUCGUCUCCUAUUUGGGGCCCUUUGGACCCGACGUCCGCACACAGCUGCUGAGUAAGUGGAGGGAGCUCUUUGACACCGGGAGCAUAGACGUGAACCCAGAAGACCCCAGAACCUCCCUAUUCCCGCGCCCUGUCUCCACGGCCCCUCGCCCCCCCCUCGGCUUCCCCAUCCCCGCGUCCCACAGUCCUCCUCGGCUUCUGGCUCGGGUUCUGGGCCUCCAGCGGGCCGCUGCGCCCGCCAGGCCGCUGGAGAAGCUGCUGCUGUGGGGCGGCAACAGCGCGUGUGCUCGGCGCUGGGCUCUGCUGGUCGACCCCCAGCGGCCCCCCAACACCAACUGUGCAGACGCUGUGGUGCGGCUGCAGGAGGAGACGCGCUGCGAGAUGGUUCUCUCUGCCGAUGACCCCGAGCUGCUGGACCGUUUGGACCAGGCUGCAGAGAGAGGCCUCAGGGUCCUGCUGACCCGCGUGGAGGACGCGCCUCCCGAUCCGGCUCUUCUGGCCCGACUGCGGCGCUCGGCUCCUCGUCCGUUCCUGGGCGCCAAGCGGCGCCUCCCUGCGAGCCACCCGGGCUUCUUCCUGUUCCUCAGCACCCGUCUGCCCGUCCAGCUCCUCCACGGCGGCAUCCACCCGUCCAUCUUGGCUCUGGUCGGCGUGGUCGACCUCUCCCCGAGCUCGGAGGAGAUCCAGGAGCUGAUGCUGAGUCAGCUGCUGCGGGCCGAGUGCAGCGAGCUGCUGCUCCAACGGCGCCGGCUGCGGUGUGACGAGCGGAUGCUGCAGGAGAGACUCGGCGCUGAGGAGGACUCCCUGGUGGACCACAUCCUGCAGUCCAACGCCUCUCUGCUGCAGGACUCGGCGCUCCUUCCCUACGCGGCGGCCUGUCGGGACGCGACCACCAGGCUGCAGGCGGAGGCCCGGCGGCUGACAGCGGAGCGGCGGCGGCUCGAGUCGCUGCUGGCGGCACCGCGGCAGCUCACUGGGCUGGCGGCGGCGUUCUACCGGGCUCUGCAGGAGGUUUCCCGCCUCUCCCCCGCCUACUACUUCUCUCUGCGCCGCUUCCUGGCGGCCGCGCAGGAGGCCCUCGGCGGGAAGGAGGCGCCGCUGGCGUCGUGCAGCGCUCGGGCGGCGCCCCGCUGGGUCGCGGCGGAGGUCGCGCACCGCCUGGCGGCCCGGAUGCUGGCCGAGUACCAGCCGUCUCUGUGCCGGAGCCACGGGGCCGCGCUGGAGCUGCUGCUCUCCGCCGCGCUGCUGCGGCACGGCGGGCUGUGCUCGGAGGCCGAGGGCGCCGCCCUCCUGCGGGGCCUCGGGGACCUGGGACGCCCCGUCCCCAAACUGGCCCCGGCCGCUCUGCCCGGCUGGAUCCCGCCCCACAUCCGGCCGGAGCUCCUCCUCCUGGAGGAGGUCCCGGUCUUCAGGGGGCUGAUUGCCUCUCUCUGCGCCCGCCCCCUCCAGUGGCGAGAGUACCUGCGCCUCGGGCCCUGCGGCGUGGCCGGGCCGGUGCCCUGCCGCUCCCACGCCCACCUGACGGUGCUGCAGCGGGCGCUGCUGUGGAGGACGGCCGUGCCGGGCUGCCUGGGGGGGCUCGCCGAGGCCCUGGCCGCCUUCUACCUCUGUGUGCCGGGAGGGGCGGGGGGGGGCGGGGCCCCUCGCGCCGUGAACCCCGAGGCCCUCCGGCGCCACCUCGCCGAGCACAAAGGGCCCGUUGUUCUGACGACGCCCCAUCACCACGGAGACGGCCGGACGGGCGCCGGCCCGCUUCACUUCAUCGACGCGUUGGCCCGCAGCGCCACAGGAAGCAGGACGGUGGAGGUUGUGUGUGUCCAUGACCUCUGUGACCCAGAGGUCGUCCUCUCAAAGCUGCGCCGAGCCGCUGAAGCCGGACGCUGGUUUGUUUUUGACGGUCGCCUGUCGGCUGCCCUCGGUCAGCUGAUCUCCUCCUUCAGAGAGGAGGACGUCCACCCGAGCUUCAGGCUGUGGCUCAUCGCUCAGGAGGACACAUGGAGCUCCAUCCCAGUGGCGGUGAGAGCCAGCGCGCUUCCUCUCAUCUGCGACCCCCCCUGGGACCUGAGGGAGGAGCUCGCCUCAUCUCUGGGUCAGCUGACCUCCGUCAUGGGGCGCCACCCCCCCUGCCAGGAGGCGGAGCCGCUCCUCCGCUGCGCCGUCUUCCACUCGGUGCUGCUGCAGAGGCAGAGAGGAGGAGCCCGGGCGGAGGGGAGGAGCUACGGCUGGAGUCCGGAGGACCUCUCUGCUCUGCUGGAGGCCCACCUCCACGUCGCCGCUCUCUGCCACGACAGCGCCGAGGCUCUGCGCUUCAUCGCAGUCAACCUGGUGCACGGCGCCCAUGUUCUAGACCGCGCGGACCUGGAGGCGGUGGACUGCGUUGCCAAGACGCACCUCAGCGGAGCGUCUCCUCUGUGUGCCGGUGGCCCGGACGCGUUCUCUGGUGAGACCGAUUUGUCGGCGCUGGAGCGGCGCCUGGCGGGCCCGUUGGGCCUGGAUGACCCGCGCCUGCUGGGCUUCGGCGCAGACGACGUCUCCGAGAUGAUCCAGAUCAACAGCCACCAUCUGAACGAGCUGCUUCAGGCCUCCCAGACUCCUCCGGGAGCGGCGAGGAGGCGGAGCUCACGCCUCCGGGAGCCCGCCGCUCUGCCGGCCCCGAGCGAGGCGUCAGACAGACUUCAGGUUCUGAAGGACCGCCUCCAAGCGGCAUCAGAACCGUCAGCGGCUCCUCACACUCUGCUCGGCUCCUUCCUCCGGGCCGAGCGCGACCAUCUCCUCCGCGAGGCCUCCUCGCUCCUGCGGCGUUCCGUCCGACUUGGCGGCGUUUCUUCUGACCCUCUCCUCCAACUCGCCGACCUGCCCCGCCUGGAGAGGAGGGCGGAGCUUCUCGCCGCCUACCUGGGGGGGCGCGGCGCCUCGGACCCGCCUGGCGCGUACCGGCUCUCCGCGUUCAGGAACGCCAGAGGCCUCCUGGUGGCGCUGAUGAGAGCGGCGGCGCGAUCCAACCUUCUCCACGUCGGCGACGUAGCUCUCCACGCCGAGGUCCUGAGCCACGGCGCCUUCCUGGCUCCGCCUCCUCCGCACGCCGUGUACUUGUGCGGCCUGCGGCUAAGAGGUGCAUCGUGGGACACGCGGCAGGGGGCCCUGCGGGACGAAGCCCCCCCCCCUGCGGCGCCGCGCUGGCUGCCCAUAGUCCGCCUCGAGGCUCGGGUCAGAGACUCAGACGGCGAGCCGCUGGGCGAGCGUCCGAUCCCCCUCAUCGCCCCCCCCUCGCCGUCGCCGCUCUAUCGCUGCCCGAUCUACGCCCGGGAACAGCAAGGCGGCGGAGUCGAUGACAUCAUCGCCACGUUGCCCCUCCCCACCAGCAUGAGUCCCGUGCUGUGCGGUUUGAGGCGGGUGGCGCUCACCAGCGCGCUCUGAGUCACAUGAUGGACGUCUCUUGUUCAUGUUAUUAAAUGUCAUUAAAACGUUCCAC